CAAGCGGCUCCACAGAAAAAGACGGGCAGACAUCAUUUCUCUCUCGGCGUUAUUGGACUAGUAUCCUUACUACGACGACGACAAAGAAGAGACAAACAUAUUUACAAUUUUCCCCAUUGAAUAGGAAUAAAAUCAUCACCUUUCCCUUUAGCCAUGGCCGACACAGCUGUUGUAGACACGACCGCCACUGCAGAGGUUACAGCCAAGGAGCUGAAAGAAAAGAAAGAAGUAGAAGAGGAGACGAAGACGACGGCGGACAACGGGGACGCACCUGCUAAUGGCACAAAUGGUGACAACCACAGUGAUGACAAAGUUGACGCUGCAGAGGAAGAGGAGCACAAGAAUGGAGAUGGCAAUGCAGAUGAGGCGCCCCCUGCUGAGGAGACGGACGCACAGCCCGUGAAGCGUGCAGCUGAUGAGGAAGAAGAGGAGGAGAAAGCGGAGACCAAAAAACAGAAGACGGAGGAGAACGGAGAUUCAAAAGAGGCAGAAGUGGAGGCUUAAAAAUUCCGGAGGCCCCCCACCCCCAGUCAACAUCGUGUUGUAGAGCUUGUGCUUUUUUUUUUUUUUUUUUUUUUUUUCUUCCCCCACCCUCCAAAGACAUUUUGUUUUUGGAUUUGCGCCCAUGUUCUCACAUUGCACUGAAGUUGUUGUGAAACAUUAUGGCCCUCUCCUUUAUUUUUCUUUUUGUUAAUUUCUUUUACCAAAUGUUAUUUAUUGGUCUUUUAAAAUGAGCCCCCGCCCUCCUUUUAUACAGGGCCAUGCUAUGAGAUCAGUUUAUUUCCAUUUUGAGCACAAUCUCUGUCAAGUCAGUGCUGACCAGCUGAUUCAUCAACAUUCUUCAGGCAGCUGCUCAUGUUGACCUCUCAAGAUUCACUUUGAGGACCAAAGAUAAGUUUUAAGCAGGGGAUAAUGUUAAUAGUUUAAAAAAAAAAAAAAAAGACAUUAGUUAAAGCAUAAUCUUUUUGUGUUUGAGCUGCUAGUUAAUCCUUGGCUUGGCUGCCCUGUUAACAUAACAGAUGGAGCAAAUAAUAUGAAAAGGGACUCCAUAUAAUUGCUGAAGGUGGGCUUGGUUUGUUUUCUUUUUUUGCAAUAUUAAUUAACCCCUCUUAAAUCUUAAUGCUUUGGUCGUUUUCUGUAUGCAUUCCACGCAGUUUUGUACCAUUUACAACUUAUUUUGGUUAUGUUUUCUUUUACAAUGAGUUUACAUUUAUGGCUGAGUAACUUGACUUGGUGUCCAAAAACUGCCUCUCAAGAACCUGGAUAUUUCAGUUACUCCAGCCAACUGCUUUGUAUAUUCUGAAACAAAAUAAAUUGUCUUUUUACUUA